AUGGAAAAGGCCCAGCCCUAUCAGGAUACUUUCGGAUACUGGCCAAGAAAAACAACAGAUCACUAUGCUAUAUGCAUUGUUUCUUCGACACGUAUAUCUGGUGCAUUAGAGUACGGCCGUGCCCAGACCCAUAUCCUAAUUGUCCCCACGCUACACAGAGACAACGGUAGCAUUAUGAAAGCCUAUCAACAUAGGACUUGGAGACGUUCCAGGUUGGUGAGUAGCAAUAAAUCUCCGAAGCACCCCUUCGUAGACUACAAGCGCAAGCUCUGGACGGCCGAGGACAUAGACGGCUGGCAUCAAUAG